AUGUUUGCCACACGCUCCCUGUUCCACGCCUGCAGAAUCACCCUCUUUAGCCGUGACAACUGCGGUCUCUGUACGCAAGCCAAGGACGUCUUGUCCAACGUCUGGGACAAGCGGCCGUUUGCCUACAAAGAGGUCAAUCUUGCGCUGCCCGAAUCCGAAGCCUGGCGCAAUAUGUACGAUUUCGACAUCCCGGUGAUUCACAUCGCCAAGGCGGAUGCACCCGCCGAGCAGCCCGGCAAGCCGGACAAGGGGCCCAAGCUGAUGCACCGAUUCACUGUCGAGCAGGUGGAAGAAAAGAUGGACCAGGUUGAAAAGAACUAG